UGUCAUCUUUCUCUUCUUUUUGUGGCAGUCCACUUCUUCUUCUCUGUCGAAUACAAUUUAAUAACAAAAACCACUGAGAAAACAAAAGCUCUGUAUAGCUGUUGUUGAGCCCAAAAGAAUACUUUGAAAAUAAAAAGUUAGCUAAAGAAAGAUGACAAGUAACAGAAAGAGGGACAAACGCAAAGGAUUCCAUUUCCUUCUCUUUUGAAUACUCUUUUUAUCACUUUGAUCUCUGUUUCAAUCUGGUAUUGAAUUCAAUCGUCAUCGGAUUGCUCCUUAUUUCCUUUGAUUAGAUUUUUGAGAUUGGGAUUGGAAACAUAGAAAGAACAAGAGAGAGAAUGGGUCUUGAUGCAAUGAGAACUAGCGUUCAAGUCAGGAGGUUUUUGGUCAUUUCAAUUAGGACAUCUUAUAAAUCAGUUCGUAAGCAUCCAUUUCUUGUGGGGAUGGCGUGUUUCUUGAUAUUCUUGUACAGAUCAUUUCCUUUUUUGUUUUCCCUUUUAGUCUCUUCAUCCCCUGUUUUUGUUUGUACUGCUAUUUUGCUUGGUACCCUUUUGAGUUUUGGGGAACCCAACAUACCUGAAAUUGGAAAAGAGACGGAACAAGAAGUUACUCAUGAGAUUUCUUCUCUGAAAGCCGGGGUUAUUGGGGAUGCCACUGUUGUUGUUGAGAAAGAUGAGAACUUUUUUGUAGAGAAUUUUGUAGGGAAGAGAAAGGAUGCAGCAGAGGAAGCCAUUGGAGAAGAGAAUUGGGAGAAGAAUGUAGUUAGCAAGAUUGAGGGAGAUGAUGCUUUAGAUAAUUAUAUGCCACUGAUUGAUGAGAGUUCUCGGGAUAUUAAAUUUGAGAAACAAGUGAUUGAAGAAGUGGAGAGAGAAUUUGAUGAUUUGGAGCUGGAGAAGAACAGGGAAAUUUACAAGGAAAAACAAGGUAUUGGAGAGGUCUUGAGUAAUGGGGAGGCUGUUGAGAAUCAUUAUACUCUGAUUCCAAAUGUGGGAGAUGACAGUCUUCUAGUAGAAGAAGAUAAAUUUCCUGCAGAGUUUACUGAAGCUGAAAAGGGUGAUCACUUGCAUUCUGAGCUUCCAUCUUGGAAACGGAUAAAUGAUGAUGAUAAAGAGGAGGAAGAAGAGGAUGACAAGGCUUCUGAUUCUGGCUCUGAUGGGGCAGAGAGUUCCUCUCCAGAUGCUUCAAUGGCAGAUAUUAUUCCAAUGCUUGAUGAGCUCCACCCACUUUUAGACGAGGAAACUCCACAACCAGCUCGUAUGUCUCAAGAUGGAUCUGAUACUGGUUCAGAGUGCUCUCAUAAGAGUGUUGAGUCAGAGGAGGAUGUAGAAAACCAGGCAGAUGGAGAAGAAGAUGGUGAUGAUGAUAAUGACAAUGAGGAAGGGGAAGAAGAAGUGCAGGGGGGUAAAGAGGAUGAGAGUAAGUCUGCAAUCAAAUGGACGGAGGAUGACCAAAAGAUUCUCAUGGAUUUGGGCACUUUAGAGCUUGAAAGAAACCAACGUCUAGAGAGUCUUAUUGCUAGGAGAAGAGCUUGUAGAAACCUGAGUAUAAUGGCUGAGAAGAAUCUUAUAGACUUGGAUGGGGCUGAUCUUCCCGUUAAUAUUCCACCUAUUUCAACAACAAGACGCAACCCCUUUGAUCUUGCUUAUGAUUCUUACGAAGAUGUUCCUGGGUCUGCUCCAUCUGUACUGUUGCCUAGACGUAAUCCAUUUGAUCUUCCUUAUGAUUCAAAUGAGGAAAAACCUGAUCUUAAAGUUGAUAGUUUUCAGCAAGAAUUCUCAGCAUUUCAGCAUAGGGAACCAGUCUUUCGAAGGCAUGAAAGUUUCAGCGUGGGACCAUCUGUUUUGGGGGCUACCAAACAAGAGAGGCAAGAUAUUCGGUGGAAGCCAUAUUUUGUGCCUGAAAGAUUUGCUACUGAGGAAACAAGAUAUCAUACCUUCCAACGGCAAUUGAGUGAAGCUAGUGAGUCGAAGGUGAGCUCAAUUCCUGAUACUGAAUCAGUGAGUUCAGCUGUGGAAGAGGAGAACAAGAAGCUCGAUGAAGAAGAUCUCUCUCAAGAAACAGAAAUGUUCUCCAAUUUGGACCAUGUUUCUGUCCUUGUUGAAUGUGGAAGCCUGUUAUCUGAAGAUGUUGACUCAGUGGACAUUGAAAACAUUGAGAGGAGAGAUGUUCAUCAUGAUGAGGAUGAAAUUACACUUAGAGAUGUAGAAAAUCACCAUGAAUUAGAUCCAAGUUUGUCUACAUCAAGAGGGGCAACUCCAUUAAAACUCAACACAAGUGAAAUUCUUCUGAAAAUGGAACCAGGUGAAGAGGAGUAUAGCAACAGAUCAAGCAAAUCAUCACUGUCAGAAGUAGAUGAAAAAAUAUCUGAUGUGAAAAAGAGAUCAACGAGUCCAGAUCCAGGUGACAGUCAGAUUGAGGAAUCUCACGUUUCAACCCAAACUUCACUUGAUUCAGAUUUCCAUUUUAUGAGUGAGGCGGUGGAUGAAAAUCAAGAAAGGAAGCCUGCUCAGGAGCCAAGAGGAAACCAUGCUGCAGAACAUAUCAGUGUAAUGCAAACCUCAUUUGAUUCAGAUUUUCAAUUUACACGUGGUGUGGAAGAUGACAAUAGACAUAUUGAGCCUGUUUUUGAGCCAACAGGCAAUUGUAUUGGAGAUUCUCGCAUUUUGAUGCAAGCUUCACUAGAUUCAGAUUCACAUUUCAAGACUCUGGUGGUAGAUAAUGAUAAACAACAGGAGCCUGUUCUGGAGCCAAGCGGUAGGGAAUCUUGCAUUUUGACACAGACUUCACUCUAUUCAGAUUUUCAUUUUACAAGUGGGGUGGUGGAUGACAAUCAACAUAAGGAGCCUGUUUAUGAUUCAAGCCCCCAAGCAGUUGACAAGUUCCUCUCUUUAUUGUCAAUCUCGUCUGAUACACAAGGCGUGACAUCAGAAAUGGGUUCGCCUCCAGCAUUAGCUGAAUUUUCUGGUAAAGAAUCUGAAGUGCAUACUGAGAACAUGGGGAAAAAUACUUCUGGCCACAAAAAGACGCGUGAAGGCUCCUCAAAAGAACAAUCAUUAGAUGAAAAUGAAUCAACAUCAAGGGAAGUUACAGAAAUUGAACUUGAUGUUGCGAAGGUUGGGCUGUCGGGAGAUGAUCUAGCAUUUGAUUUUCAAGAUGGUAAAAUUGGGUUUACGAAGUCAGAAUUGGUAGUUGAGCAUGAUGCAGCUGAUUUACCUCCAUCUUCAUCAAGCAAUGGAUCUGUCAAGGAGGAUCAUCAGUGCAAGGAAGAAAGCUCCAAUAAUGAGUUGGAGGAACUGCACCCAUCAAUUCCUAAUGCUGAAAUAGUUGUUGGGCUUCAACAAGAUGUAAUUGAUAAGUUGUAUUCUGCCUCUUCUGGUAAUCAGAUGGCUUCUGAAGAGACAAUUUUGCAUGCACUAGAGGAACAACAUCCUCCAGUUGAAGUUGAUGUUUCAAUGGACUCCAAAUUGUCUUCUUCAGAGUUUGAAUCUGUGGAGGAGCAUGCAAUGCAUAUGGAAGGCAUUCUUCAGCCGGAACAGGAAGAAGUAUCUUCAUCAGGUCUUGAUGCAGAGAUCCGUGUCAACAGUUUAGUGGCUUCAAGCUUUGAGCAUAUGCCUUCUAAUGAUUUAAAUUUGUCUGAAAAUGAGGAAAGACAGCCUGCAGUGGUGGGUGAGCAAGUUUUAGAGGCUCAUCCAGAUGGACCCUCUUCAGAGAUUAAGCAUGUGGAGGAACUUUCAUUAAGGAAGGAAGAAGGUCUCCAAUUUAAGCAAGAUCAGUUGCGUUCAUCAAGUUCUGAUGUAAUGAAUGGUGAUGACCUCCUUCAAGAUGCAGAUGUGAAGCUUGUUUCUUCAGGUUCUAGUUAUCAGCAUGUGCCUUUUGAGGCAAAAUCUCCCUUUGAAGUGGAGAAACAGCUGUCUUGGGCAGAUAAAUCUAUUGUUGAACCAUCCAUAAAAGAUGAUGAUAUCUCCCAGGAACCAUCUGUUACCUUGGAGGAGUCCACAGCGGAAGUGAACAUUGCCAACAACAUAAAUGUGCCUGAAGUCCUUCAUCAUGAGACAUCUGAAUCUGCUUUGGUCCCACCAGAGAGUCUAGAGUACAAAUCAAAGGUUGAUGAAUUUGAUUUUAAAGACAACAUCCUUGAUAAAAUUGUCUAUGAGGACAGUGGUCAUGUCUUAGAACACCCCGACUAUUCAGCAGAAACUCACGGGUCUUUUGUUGCUGAGGAAAAUAUCAAUGAAGAUGAAGAUGAGAUAAAGGAGAUUGAUGAAGGAUUGUUGUCAGAACUGGACACAGUUGGGGACUUUAGUGUCAAAGAAGUGGUUGGUGAGUCACUUCAUGAUGAACAAAUACCAGGAAAAUCUAGUAGUGCGAUUCCUGAAUACAAUUGGUUACCAGGAGGUUCAAGUGUGCCAGAGAUUAAGCCAGAACUCCCAAUCCUUGAAGUUAGUUCAGUUACAGAUAUUGAGUUGGCCUUCAAGCAACUUCAUGAAGGAGUAGAUGUUGAGGAGGUCAUCCUUCCAAGUGUGAUUCAGGAUCAACCAGUUGUUGCUUCCAAAUUGCAAGAUGUUGAAGCAAGAUCUUUGGAAGAUCUUCAUGUGGCUAUGAAGCAAGCCUCAGAAGGGAACAUUGAAGAGAUGUCAAAACUGUCUGAUUCAAUGGGAGGGCCAGCAGGACUAAACGAAGUGGGUUCUAGCAGUUCUACAAAGGAGCUCCCAAUUCUUGAAGUUAGAACGAUCAAUGAUAUUGACCUGGCCUUCAAGCAACUUAAAGAAGGUGCAGAUGUUGAGGAGGUAAUCCUUCCCAGCACAAUUGAACAGCAUCUAGCAAAUAAUGAAUCCAGAAACCCUCAACAAUCUAGUUUUGACCUGCAAGUUAUUGAAGCAAGAUCUCUGGAAGAUCUUCAUGUGGCCAUGAAGCAAGCUUCAGAAGAACAUAUCAAAGAUAGGUCAAAACCAUCAGAUUUAAACAAAGGGCAAGCAGAAGUAAAUGACGUGGGUUUUAGCAGUUCUACCAAGGAGCUUCCAGUUCUUGAAGUUGGAACAGUUGAUGAUAUUGACCUGCCUUUCGAUCAACCCAAAAAUGGUGCAAAUGUUACCAGCACAAUUGAGCAGCAUCUAGUUGUGAAUGAAUCCAGAGAUCCUCUACAUUCUAGUUCAGAUUUGCAAGAUCUUGAUAAUGCCAUGAAGGAAGUUUCAGAGGUUACUAUUGAGCAGCUGCCAAAAUCAUCAGAUCCAAUCAAAGAGAUAUCAAGGACUUCAGAAGUAAAUGAAAUUGGUCCCACCAAGGACAUUGAAUCAAGUACUGUAAAAGUAUAUGAAGCAGGUGUUAUCCAGGAGAGUGGAUCAAGUACUGUAGAGUUUGGUUCUCAAGAAACGAUCACUGCAGUUCCUGCUGAACCAAUGCAUUGAUUUGAUGAAACAUCUGGAGUUUCAUGUUUGAACAUAUCAGAUACAAAAGGUGAGAGUGCAAAAUCUCUUAGAUUGAGCUCAAGUUCUAGCUCUUGCUCAAGCUUCACAGGUACUGAUUGAAAAAGAGAAUUGACGGAGUAAAGAGAAAAAGGUUUUGUGGUUUGAGUUUUCCAUUGAUGCGGUUUACUUCUGUGAUCAUGGGCUUUUUCUUUUUAUAGUUUGGUUUUCUCUCUUGUUUUCAUUACUGGAUGUUGGUUUUUGUUUUGCCCUUUCAAUUGAUUGAUCUCUUCAAGAAUGAGUUUUGGUUUGAUUUCUUGAAGUGUGAUUAUUAUUUUUUUCAUCUUCUAGCCUUAAGAAGUGAGAAGUUUGAGGGUUUUUGGGAGAAAAGUUUGAAAUCUUUGCAUAUUGUAAACCAUAUUUUGUAGAGACAGUGAUUUGAUCAAUGCCAGAUGUAUAUUGUUUCGUGCA